AUGCUCCACUUCUGUGUGAUAUGCGGCGUGCUCAUUCGCCGUACCUCUUUCGCGCCUGGAGUACUACCGGACGACGACUUGCAAUGGUAUCAACAGCUUCGCGCCGUUUCGCGCCGUGAGAGUUCAGAUGUUGCGACUUUGAGUGGUGUUGGAUAUGUCGACUCCGAUGACAGUAUAAUUGCCCCUCUGGGUCCUGAAAGUUCUUACCGCGACGCUAGUGCAACCUUGGAAGAAUACUUCCUUUACUAUGAGGGUUCCCAGCUCCCUUGGAGCUUUUUCUUCCAUGCAAUAUGCUGGGACAUUUUGCUACAGAGGGUCCCUGACGGGCUGUCUGAUCUUAGUAAAUUUUCGUCUAUAUUUCAUAAUUUGAUGUAUUGUACUACCUGGAGCCGACACCGCUAUGUUCGGCCAGGCCACGAUUUUGGAGGUUCAAUCCAGUUUCAAAAGCCUGCUGGUGAUCCUAUCAAGAAGAUCGUUGAUGAAGGAUAUAGAUACUUUCUGGCCGAGCACUUGCCACCUCGAAAUGUGGCACAGAUAUUGCGCAUUUGUGGUGGGCACAGGGUUUCCCCAGCGCCCACCCGCUCCAUAACCUUACGGUCAUUUCAAGGGUCCGGGGAUAUAUUUUCUCGUCUCCCAGCUGAAGUGUUGUAUAUGAUUAUCGAGCUGCUCCCCUCAAGUGAUAUCGGACGUCUGCGAUUGGCAUCAAUUCGAUUCCGCCCAGACUUUGAAAUGGGAUUUGCAUUGCCAAUUGAGGUUGCGGUAGAUGAAGAUUGGCGAAAGGCUUACUUCGCAAUUAGGCAUGCCUUGUCGAGCCAUGUUGACUCUGCAUAUCUUCAAAAUCGACAGAGAAUGUGGAAUAUUGUCGGUAUCAAUGCGUCCUUGCUUGCUGAACACAUGAAAGGCCUUGGCUUGAGUGGCCAUUUGUACAUUGAUGAUAAUGAUUCAGGGCUAAAGCUGCAGCAAGGACUCAGUGACCUUGGUCCUGGACAAAUCAUCACGACCCAAUUAUCUACAAAUGGCCACGAAUAUAUACGUGUUGGCAGCAGGAAGCUAUUUGAUAGAAGACUUAUUUUGCCGGUAAAUAAGGGUGAAGUGCGUAAACUAUGGCUUUCUACGGUCAGCUUCAAUUCGCAGAAGUUCAUUGCAGGCUUUCGCUUUGAAGUCUUCGACUCUCCUACUCAAAGUUGCCGGGAUUACUCCCUCGGAUAUAUCUCGCCGGGAUCUCAAGUCAAGGUGGAAAUUCCCAUUUCACAUCGUAUUGCAGGUUUUGAACUAGCUACCCGUGUAAAUGGAGUUGUGGGAGUGAGAGUGACCAGCUGGGUAGGCGACAUAGGAGACGGGGGCCCAAAUGUCGCUUUCGGAACGUUGUCAUUGACGAAGGGGGUACAGAGGGCUCUAAUUGUUGCUGGGUUUGAUUGUUUUCCACCCGGAUCAUUCAAUGUAAUGCUGGUUAUGGACUUUGGUGGUAACCAUGGCCAAAAUCUGGCUCAUCUCACAAGGAUAGUGGCACACAUCCAGGAAUACUCGGCUCCUAUCGUAGGUCUGACAUUUUACUUCGAUAACCAAGACAGUAUGCAUUUUGGCCGUCAGGGUCGAAUGGAGGUAUCGUCUUUCAUUGACGGACCUGCAGGGGAGAGGGUGGUCAGUAUUACAUAUGAGCGGGCUGCUACACCUCGUGGAAUUGUUUCUCUUCAGUCAGCUCUUGCCUGGGUAUUUAAUGACGCAUGGGAUUUUCCACGUGUCAUCUCCAGCCCCAAGGCCACCGGAACACAGCUGGUAACCUGGGAUCCAUCAAAGAUUUCUAUCUAUCGUCCAUGGAUUGCACCGCAGAAAGCUCUAUUCAAAGAGGCAAACCAGGAUGACAAUCUCUCGUCUGUGACGGGGUUCUACAGCCUUGGGCAUCCGUAUGUUAUAGUUGGACUACGGCUUACCUAUCAAUCUGGUUUCUCUAGAGACAUAGGUGAUAUCACUGGACGUCAAACUCCACGUUCCGUAGAGCUCGGCCGGAGUGAUAGUAUUGUUAUAGUUGAGUUAUUUAGAGAUAGGGUGGGCCUUGUUUCGAUAAAUUUUCAUACCGUACACCGGGACACCGGGCAAAGAACUAUCCGUGGGCUAAUCGACAUACCUCCCACUGAAGUAACGAGGCCCGGGAUGGGCGGUUCCAUCUGGCGUUACUAUAUCAAUUUAUUCUCAGGGCUUCUCAGACAGGAUGUCCUAAGCUCCAGAACCCCUGAUGAACGUGAAGUCAGUAUUCCUCACGGCAAAGUGGUUGGGCUCUGGGGCUUUCUCAUGGCCGAUGACGGCCUUCAUAUCGGUCUUUUACUUUUGCAAAACGAAUAA